AUUUUUCCCGGCGUAUUUUUUUCUUUUUCUGUUUAGAAAAUUGAAGAAAACAAUGAUAAACCAUUUUGGAAAGAUCAUUUUUGGCCGAUAAAAUGCCAGCUUGCUUCCCUCCGUGCUCUCUGCGGAUGGUAUUUGUGCUGUCUCUUGCUUCUCUCGACUCGAAUCAACAGAUGUAGCAAUGACUCUUCCCAUCCUCCCUCGACAGUCGAGCAGUUGGCAAUAGUUGGCUGCCCACCAGCCAUCCACAUUGGCAAAUCCUAAACCCUAACUGCCUUGGAAGAAAAUUUAUGCGCAACGGUAGAAGAUAGCAAAAAUCAUUGAGAGGAUUUGCAACGCAACAAAAGAAUACGACAGAAAUCAUCGACAAAUUUCUUGCAGAGGAUAAUCGGGUCGGUUGGUGAACAUGUCAACCGGAAACUAUUCAGAGGUUAUGCAACAAUAGCAGCUGCUUGAGAAGGUCGCCAUCAAGUCUGUAAUGUUAACAGUUCAGUUGCUUAAUUCAUUUGCCAUUGCUUGCAGGAAAUAGUUGCAACUGCGUUCCUUGAGGAAUUUGGUGAGAAAAUCUGGUUGCAUAUCUUAAUAACUUUGACAGAAAACACAUAACAUAUAGAGCAACAAUCUCCCAUCUUGGCAAAAGGCAGGGACUCCUGCUGCAUGCAGCUCUUGUUCCAAUAUGUAAUCAGUACCACUUCAUUUAUGCAGGGAGGACAUUUUGUUUGUUCCUAACCCAUAGCAACUAUGAGCAUCACAAGAGAUUGUAGCCAUUGGAGUUUCAGCACAAUGGAAAUCGUUAAAGCUGAUACACACCAAAAAAAACUCAUGCGGGAAGGAAUUCACCAUAAUCCAAAUUUAAGCUUUGGGAGAUGGCAAGAUGGGAUGAUAUUUUGAUGCUUCCGGUGCAAGAGCCACCCACCAUUGUGUUUUCCUCAUCUGACCUUAAUUGGUCCAAGGUGGAAGGUUGGGGUCAGAAUGUUGAUAAUGUUGCCCGCAUUCCUUUCUCUAGAGUUGACGACUUUGUGAAGGGAGAAUCCUUGAGUACUGAAUAUCCCACAAAGUUUCGUGUUGAGGCAAGGAGGAAAAAAACAGAAUACAGUUCAUAUAAGCCAAGAGUAGAUGGUUAUCUGGAAUAUAUCCUAUAUUGGUGUUGCUAUGGCCCUGAUGAUCACAGGAAAGGAGGAACAUCACGGCCCAGUAGAAGGUGUAUUAAACCUUCAAAGAAGAAAAGUAGUGCUGGGCGACCACAUACAAAGAGAGGUUGCAUGUGUCAUUUUAUUGUGAAACGUUUGUAUGCUCAACCAUCUGUUGCUCUUAUUAUAUACAACCAACGGAAGCAUGUUGAUAAGUCUGGUUCUCCUUGCCAUGGACCACUUGAUACCAAGGCCAUUGGAACACUGGCAAUAUAUGCUCCUUACAUCUCAGAAGAACUUCGACAACAGAUAAUGUCAAUGCUAUAUGCUGGAAUUUCUGUGGAGAGUAUAAUACAAAAUCACAAAAAUUCUGUGGAGAGGCAAGGUGGCCCCUGCAAUCGUGAUGCUUUCCUCUCUCGCCGUUUUGUACGCACGUUAGAUAGGAACAUUAGACGAGCUACACAUGAAUUGGACUCAGAUGAUGCAUUGAGCAUUAAAUUGUGGGUUGAAAGUCAUCAAAAUCAGGUUUUUUACUACCAGGAAUCCUCUCAGACUGAUGCUUUCAUCCUGGGAGUUCAAACAGAGUGGCAAUUGCAGCAAAUGCUACGUUUUGGAAAAAACAGUCUUAUAGCUGUUGAUUCCAUUUGUGGAACUAAGAAAUUUAAGUAUCCAAUUUACACACUUCUUGCCUUUGAUUCAAACCAAACUGCAAUUCCCAUAGCAUGGAUCAUUGCUGGGAGUUUACAAAGUCAUGAUGUAUACAAAUGGAUGGGAACACUUCAUGACAGAGUUCGAGCAAAGGAUUCUACGUGGAGAUUGAAUGGCUUCAUUAUUGAUGAUGCAUCAACAGAAAUUUCUGUAAUCAGGGAUGUGUUUCAGUGCACAAUUUUGUUGUGCCUUUGGCGUGUACGUCAUUCAUGGCAUAGAAAUAUUAUAAAGAAGUGUGCCAAUGCUGAGAUGCAGCGUGAGAUGUUGAAGCGUCUUGGGCACAUCAUGUAUAAUACAUGGAGCGGGUCAAAUGUCAUCAAUGCCAUGGAAGAUUUUAUGGAAGAUUUUGUAGACCAUAGUACCUUCAUGGAAUACUUUAAAGCAAGGUGGAUGCAAAGAAUAGAGAUGUGGGUGACUGCAAUGAGGAUUCUACCUGUUGCAAGUCAGGAGACUUGUGCAGCUAUUGAAGCAUAUCAUUCUAUACUAAAAUCUAGGAUGUCAAGUGCGCCAGAUGUGAGCACAUAUCAACGAGCUGAUUGGUUGGUACACAAACUGACUAAUGAGGUGCAUGCUUACUUUUGGGUUGAUCAAUUUUCAGUAGAAAAUGAUCUCUGUGGAUAUGCCAGAGAUGAAAAUUAUGUUUCCACAUCAUGGCGCAAGGCACUCUUAAUUGCAGACAGUGAUGUUAUUUUCAAUGAGAAGGAUCACACUGCAAAGGUUAUUAGCCAAAGUGAUCGGACAAGGACAUACAUUGUUUGGAAUCCUGGUUCAGAGUUUGCUCUUUGUGAGUGUUCUUGGUCUAUGUCAGGCAAUCUCUGUAAACAUGUUAUUAAGACUGGUAUGGUUUGUCGUGAUCGUCAGAUGGCUAGACCAUCAAUGGCUCUGCAGACAUAUCAUCAAGCUUUGCUUAGGCUCUUGCGUGGUCCACCAAAUGGAUCAGUUGUUCUUGAUAAUGCUAUCUCACUAGCCAUUGGUGUGCACCAGGAUCUUAAGCAACAGGUCGAACCAGCAAAUCAUGGCUAUAAUAAUUCUCUGCUUUCUCCAGUUCCUGUUAAGUGGGUUUGCAAGAAGAGUAGAACUUCUAGACAGAAGGCAAGUGUUGAAAAUGGAAAUAAUAAUUCAAUAUUUGGGCAUAGAGUUACAACUGAUCCUGAAGAUGGGGCAAUUAAUAAAACUGGCUUAGAUGAGAAUGUUAUGACUGAUGCUGAAGAUGUGGCAAUUGUUAAAACCGGCCUAGAUGAAAAUGUUAUGAUUGAUGCUGAAGAUGGGGUAAUCAAUGAAACUGUUUUAGAUGAGAAUGUAAUGGCUGAUGCUGAAGAUGGGGCAAUCAAUAAAACUGGCUUAGAUGAAAAUGUCAUGGCUGAUGCUGAAGAUGGGGUUACUAAUAAAACUGCCCUUGAUGAGAAUGUUUUAACUGAUGUUGAAGAUGGGGCUAUUAAUAAUGUUGCCUUUGAUGAGAACUUUGCAAGUGAUGCUGAAGAUAGGGCUAUUAAUGAUACUGUCUUAAAUGAGAGUGCUGCUACUGAUGCUGAAGAUGUAGCUAUUAAUAAUGCUGCCUUCAAUGAGAAUGUUGCAACUGACAGUGAGGAUGGGGUUAUUAGUAAAGGUGCCUUAGAUGAUAUUGUUACAACUUAUGCAGAAGAUAAGGCUGUUAAUAAAAUACUUUUGGAUAAAAGUGUUAUAUCUGUUUCGAUGGAUUCUGAAGAAGGGGCUAUUAACAAAGGUGCCUUAGAUGAAAUUGUUACAACUUAUGCUGAAGAUGAGGCUAUUUAUAAAACUUCCUUAGAUGAAAUUAUUUCAUCUUAUGCUGAAGAUGAUACUAUUAAUGAAACUGCUUUAGAUGAAAUUGUUGCAACUUAUGCUGAAGAUACUUUUAUUAGUAAAAAUGCCUUGGAUGAUAUUGUUACAACUUACGCUGAAGAUGAGGCUAUCAAUAAAACUCCCUUGGAUGAAAUUAUUACAACUUAUGCUGAAGAUGUGGGUAUUAAUAAAUCUGCAUUGGAUGAAAUCGUUUCAACUUAUGGUGAAGAUGGGGCUACUAAUAAAACUUCCAUGGAUGAAAAUGAUGACAGCGGUGUAAAAUUGCAAUUCUGAGAUUUAUAAUGAUGCGAACAUAACUAAGAAGAGCUGUUCAAUUGCAGAUGAGUGUCUUGUCUGCCAAAGAUGGAUGCUGCCUCUUUCAAUUGCUAUGAGUUUUCUCUGCGUGGAAAACAAUAUAACAGUCAUUUAUCUCUGGAAUUCAAGUUUCAGCCGGGGUUUUUCCCAAUCUUGAAUGGCAUAUCAGAUGAUCUCUAUGGCUUACCUUAUAAAUCCAUCUAAGUUAACAUUUCAGCCAGGAUGAGAGGUUUAAAGUUUUAAACAUUUCUACCACCCAAAAUAGUGAGGGUUCUUUAGUUGAAGGCAUUGCUUGGUAUGGAAGUUCUUUUAGUGCAGUGGUUAGUGGUAGCAAUGCUUGGGGAGUUUGAAGCAACAAGAGAAACAUGGACAGGAGGCUACAUUUUUACAUGUACACACUUUAUGUGAAGUAUUUUUGCAUGGAUCUGUGUGUCUAGAUUAGCUUGCAUAUGCACGUAUGUGCCCUUCCCCCCCUGGAAGUAGGGGAGCAAAGUUCUUUGACUUGAAUCAGAAUCCUUUCAAAUUCAAACAAUUUUCUUUUAAAAGGCCUAUGGCCAUGAAGGAUGAUCUGUACAAUUGAAUUUCAGAAAACAAACUUUUUGAUCUGGAUGCUUUGCAUGUUCGCUUUGUGCAAAGUGAUUGUUCAUUCCGACUUUUGGUUAAGAGGAAAGACAAAGUCUGCGACCUGGAGUAGUGCCCUAUAUGCCUUGGGUAUUAUGCACCAUCCAUGAGGCCUUGGCAUCCCGAAUUCAUUCCUGUUAUGGACCAUUUUUGUAUUGUUACGGUAUUGGUAAGGCUUCAAAAUCUUUCUAUUUAUUUUUGGUACGCUGACUUCCAAAGUACACCAGAAAUCUUGGAAAAUAUGUCUACAAUGAUGUCCCACUGGGGGUCAUAUCAUCAUUCAUGUGCCAAAUUUUUUAUUGGGAUGGAUCCAUGCAAACACUUUAUUGAAUAAAAUAUAGAUCAUGAUUGAAGAGGUUAAAUGUACCCACGAGAGGACCCAAUCUAAAUUUGACAGAUGAUGCUGUUUGAGUUAAAUUUUGCAGUCAAAAGGAAAAGGACACAAGGAAAGAGAUCAGUUUGAGAGGCAUAACUUCAAAGAUAGAAAGCAUCUUUCUGAAGUCAAUGCCAAGUCUAGGAAUGAUGGAAGUAAGAGAAAAUAUUGUUUGGUGAUCUGUUGCCUGAGGCACCAAAAUGAGCUUAAAAAGAUAACUGCUAUUCCCUGAAGAGUAUCCUUCUAAGGAGAAGUAGAAAAGUCAAAAGUCAAAAGUCAAAAGUAACAUUUAGAUGCCUGGUAGUCUGUUACCAAAGCUGAUCAAGCAAAUCUUGCAAUGCAGAGCUGUGAAGAUAAUUGAUUUUUAUAAGCUGCAGCUAAUAGUAAUAUUCCUGGAAGAAAUACCAGCUUAGAUGCACAAAAGACAGCAAACAAGUUAAGGAUCAGGGUGGUGAGGACAAUUAUUGUAUUGCAAACAUAUUAAACUGUUUAACAUUGAAAAAUAGUAUAUAUUUUCCCAUGACCAAAUGAGGCAACAUCUUUCUUUCUUGCCAUUCAGAUGCACCAAGUUAACCUCUGUAUGAUUUGCACAGCAAUCUUUAACGAGAAUGGGAUGGGAUGGAAGAUGGAAGAUGGGAGCGAUGGAUUUGAGCACUGGCUAUCCAGCAUGUUCGACAUGCAUUGUGAAUGCUGGAUAAUCAGUGCCUCCAGUGAUGACCAUCAGUGCAUCCUGCUGGGUCUAUGACUCUAUAGUCACAGCUGUUUAAUGAUAAGUACAAAAAUUGUUUGCCAGUGUAUGAACACUGAAAAUGGUGUAUCAUUUACCUGUAAUGAAAAGAUAAUGGUUGAAUCGUUUAUUUUGAAUAGUUUCAACCUUUGUCAUGUAGCUGAUAAUGGUUUUUCUUUUCA